GUUAAUAAUGUCAACUGGAGUGAUUAUGCAAAUCGAGCCUUCACAGUUGUUGAAGGCAUGUUCAUUAUUAUACCACUGGCUGAAGAUGACAUAAGUGAAGAUCCAAACCUAGCCUUUGAACUCAUAAUACAUAAGGAAAUCAAUAGUUCUCGUAAUGCUUACAGUCUUCUUAGAACAUGCACUGAAGCAGAGGCAAAACAGGCAUAUGAAGCUUACAGUAAGAUCUUAAGUCCACUUGUGGACUCAUGUGGGAAGGAAGUCCUUUGUCAGAGUGUGCUGCAGAAAGUCCUGGAUUUCUUACGGGAGCAUCUAUCUUGGCAUGUUGCCCACAUCACAUCUCAUUUUGGAUUUUUGGAAGCUUUGAAAAAUGAGGAAGUACAAAGCUUCCUUAAUGUUCCUGAAGAUGGAGAAGGACUUUAUCCCAUACAUGUUGCAGUGGAAAAUGAAAAUGAAAAGGUUAUUACUGCCUUGAUAGCAGCAGGUGCGGAGCUAGAUGUUGUAGAUAAAAGUGGAAAUACUCCUUUACACAUUGCUGCUUCAAAAUCUAUUACAGUUAUCCAGGCCCUGAAAAUGAAACAUAAUCAUGUGUUGAACAAAAAGAAUAAAGCACAAGAAACGCCUUUACUUCUGGCUGCUCAGUGCAGCAAAUUAGAUAACAUCAAACAUUUGAUCCAGCUUGGUGCCAAUGUAAAUCAUGAGGAUGAAAUUGUGGAUCAAAGCAACCAGAGCUAUUGGGACAAAGUAGAAAAGUUGGUGCAAGCAAAGGAUAUUAGCUCAAAGGACUUGCACAAAGGUGGAAAUCUGCUUCAUUGGGUGAAAACCAGAGAAUUAACAGACCUUUGUCUUGAUAUAGGUUGUAACCCAGAUUUGCGAAACUCUGCAGACCAGACACCUUUACAUAUUAUGGUUGUGAGAAACAGGAUACAAUGCAUAGUAACUUUACUAUGCCGUGGAGCCGGAGCAAAUUAUGCUGAUGUGGAUGGCAUGACUCCACUGCAUUUGGCAGCUGCUCAUUGUUCACCUACUUUAGUUCAGGCCUUCAUUGUAUUUGGAGGUGAGAUUAAUGUGCCUAACAAGAAUGGAGAGACACCAAGGCAUUUGGCUGCUUCAUGUAAUGACAAGACAAAAGCUACAGAAAGGGACAGAGUUAUAUACUUACUGCACACUGUCGGAUCCAAAAGGUGUCAAGUGAAACUAGCAUCCUGCUCUGAUGGAUGCUUGGAUGAAGGAAAUUUCAAUGGAGUGCCAUUGUAUGAGAAGCCCUUAUUGAGAUCUCGUUGGAUUAUGGAUGAAAAGCUUAGUGACAAACAGAUUGCAGAUUCAAUAAAAUGGCAGGUAACUAACUGCAAUGGCUCUCAGAGAACAGGGCGAGUAUUAUGCCUAGAUGGUGGUGGCAUCAAAGGCCUGGUAAUGACUCAGAUGCUGUUUGUUAUACAGGAAGUUUUAGGUAAACCUAUCCAUGAGUGUUUUGAUUGGAUUUCUGGCACAAGUACUGGAGGAUUCCUAGCCCUUAUGCUUUGUACAGGAAAAUCGGUUCAAGACGUUCAGUCCCUCUACUACAACCUGAAGGAGAAAGUAUUUGUUGGUGUAAGACCAUAUGAAGCUGGACCUCUAGAAGAGAUACUUGUAAAGGAAUUUGGAAAAGAGACUGUCAUGAGUAGUAUUAAGACUCCUCGUGUAAUGGUGACAUCUACACUUGCUGAUAGAUUACCUCCUGAUUUGCAUCUUUUCCGUAAUUAUGAGUCUCCCAUGAGUGUCUUAGGUGUACAAGAAAAUAGUGUGUUCAUGAGCACACAGCCUCCAGAGAAACAGAAGAUUUGGCUUGCUGCUCGCUGCUCAGGGGCUGCUCCAACAUAUUUCAGGUAUGUCUCUUUAUCCUUGGAUAGUUUGGUAUGUAUUUUUUUUUCUGGAUACACAGGAUGAAAUGAAAAUUGGUUGUAUUAAAAGUG